AUGCCCGAAAAAGGACCCUACACCUCCAAAACACUUAAACCCUCUCAGAAGUUAGCUUCCCUUACUCCCAACCAUGUCAAAUGGUAUAUCAGAGAUUGGGAGAUCCCAAAUAUUAUUGUUAGCAUUGGAGACGUUCCUAAUGUACUUUUGAUAGGGACUAGGGGUUAUAUCAACUACAACCUUAUGUUAUCCCUAAUGCAACACGAUAACUCCAUGAAUGGUCCUCCAAAAGAUGAAGCUUUAAAGCCUUUCAUUUUGCCUAACAUUGAUGCAGACAACCCAACUGUGAAGAAGAUUAAGAGAUUCUGGAAAAUAAUUGUUAGAAGGGGUAAGGAGUUUGGAAAGAGGAAUGUCCUUGUGAAAUAUUCUUACACUCAACCUAUACUACCUAAAGACGUUGAGAAGCUCAAUGCCGAAAUUAAGGAGCUUGAAUUAGAAAACUCUGAGUUAUGGCUUAAGCUUUAUCGAACCACUUUGGGAAAUGAAAAUCUGAAGGAUGAACGUCAAGAGAAGGACCGAGAUCUUAAAGCAAGCAACAAGAGAGCAAGAACAUUUAAAGACAAGAAGGAUGAGCUUGAUGAUAUUCUCAUAGGUACGAAAUAUGUGUUCCAAACCAAGAAUGUGGAGAUCAAAAAAUCCCACCUCAAAAUUCAAGAGUUGGACAAAUUUUUGGAGAGGUCUCUUGUGGAGAAGAGAGAAGCUAGACUCGACUAUGAAGCUCAAAUCUGUGAAAUCAGGGAAACUCUCAAGAAUUGA